AGUGAAGUUCACAUUUUCAUAUUUCAACAACAGCUGAAUUGAUUGAAUUUUGAUAUCUACCAUAUAAAUUAUAUCAGAAAAGUUUAUAGUUUUUUUCCCGAUACGGACAUAUCGUAACGCUAAGUUAAAAUAGAUUUACAAUAGCAACGGAAUAAGAGUGACUACAGACUAAACUUUCAUUAUGCGGCUUAUACUUGCGUUCACAUUGUGCAUCUGUAUAAACUUAGUCACGUUACUUUGUGUCUCUGCACAUAUUCAAGAAUUUAGUGAAGCUCAUAUUCUGACAAUGCCCGCUUAUGCUAUUGCUUCGAUGGCCAAUCUUCUCAAGUCAACGAUAUGCGGAAAGGAAUUGCAGAUUUUCCGAGACGCUGUCGAUCAACAUAUACUGUGGAGUUUGAAAGUGUUAGAUUCCAAUGGCAGAUUUAAACCAGGGUUUGUUUAUGGAAACAAUUAUUGGUUGGGUAGUCAUAGCCAGUGUAUCGAUACGACAAAUAAAAUUCCUCUACAGAUCUCAAAACAAUUGUUAAAUAACGUAUAUCGUAAUCUGCAAAACGAAUUUCCGCCUUUUAAAAUAAAUUACUUUGUAGUUCAUUUUAGACACAACAGUACUAUUCAAUAUCACAUGAAUAUAUUUAACGAAGAUGUGAUUACGCUUGGACUCUGUCUGCCAGCAUCGUGCACUAUAAAUAAUUUAAGUCUCAUUUUGGAAACAAUAUUUCGUGAUAGAGUUUUCAUAAUCGAUAACUUCAAUUUUGCGAAAUUCCAGCUGAUCCAGGUUAAAGAUCUAAAAUAUAAUAACGAAUGGUCAUUUAGUGGUGCAUUGCCUUUUAUCUGUGUUGCUUUCGGAUUUUUUUUUCUUAUGACAAUAAUCGGAACAUUAUAUGAUAUAUUUGUGCUCCAAAAAACUCCGAAUUAUGAUUCAGGCAUUGAAAACAUAUUCGACGGAGUGAAAAGAGAAACAGAAGUAAAUUUGUUUACUGAUCGGGAAAGUAAAAUUGGUAAAAUACUCAUAUGUUUCUCCGCUUACACAAAUACGAGAAAAAUAUUUAGCACGAAAUUAGAUGCCGGCACAAUACCCGUUAUUAAUGGCUUAAAAUUCCUAAGCAUGUGUUGCAUAAUUAUUGUGCACAGUAUAUAUUAUGUAUUUGAUUCUAUUGAUAAUAAAAUAUGGAUGAUGAGAAUCUAUGAAAGUUAUGCUUAUUUUUAUGACAUUGGAGUUAUGGCAGUCGACAUUUUCUUUUUUUCAAGUGGAUGUUUGGUGACCUAUUUGUAUUUAAAAGAUAAAACAAACGAAAGGUCAAUUAAGCCAAUUAAUUGCAGAGGCAAACUGAUUGAAUUCUUUAUCUACAUAAUGAAAAGAUUUAUUCGAUUGACACCGGCUUACAUGAUGGUAUUAGGAAUAUCACAAUUGAGCUCAGCUUGGUUUAAUAAAACUUCGCAAUUUUACAUGAAUGAAAGGUUGCACGAAACUUGCGCGAAGUAUUGGUGGAGAAAUUUUUUGUACAUAAAUAAUUUCUUCGGUGUCGAUUCAAUGUGCAUGGAUUGGAGCUGGUAUCUAGCUAAUGAUAUGCAAUUUUAUAUAAUUGCGAUGACGCUGUUAAUUUUAUCGACUGUAUACUUCUACGUCGUUGUUAUAAUACUGAGUGCACUUUUAAUAGGCUGCAUUAUCCUUAGCGGUUAUAUUUCGUAUAUUUACGGAUAUGUUCCGACAUUUGAUGAACAGGUUAGACUUCUAGAUGUCUUAUAUCUCCCACCGUGGACAAGAAUAAGUCCUUAUAUUAUUGGAAUAAUUUCAGGCUACAUUUUAAUAAAAUUAAAUAACACUUUGAUCUUGAAAAGGCAAAUUACAAUUUUAUUUUGGUGCCUUGCUAGCGCUUGCAAUAUGUCCGUAUUACUUGUGUUGCUUUACAAUCGAGAUAUAUCCGUUUUAGCUACUUCUAUUUAUGUAGCGUUGCAUAGAAUAUUUUGGACCAUAGGUAUAGCAUGGAUUGUAAUAGCGUGUUCCACUAAACACGGAGGCAUCGUUAAUCAGUUACUGUCAUUUAAAGGCUGGAUUGCUCUUAGCAGACUUACAUAUUGCGCUUAUCUUUUAAAUCCGGUUAUUAUACGAUCAAUUUGUUUACACAGAGAAACAUCAUUUCAUAUAGAACUUCUGCCUACACUUCUUAUAAAUAUAGAAUAUAUUAUAAUCAGUUACGUUUGCUCUUAUAUAUUGUCUGUGAUGGUAGAAGUACCCUGCAUCUCGUUAAUGCGAAUGUUUAUCCAUUAUUGGAAUAAUAGGAUGUAUAACAGCGAGGAAUCUUACACUGACAAUCAGCAGGGCUCGUACACCCAGGUUGCGGCAGAUACAUGUUCUCGGCCUAGGCAACCCAAUUCACAACACUGCAGGAAUUUGGUGGCUAGCAAAUCGACAUCUUCUCCUCCCCCCGAAGGAAUCCAAGCUCAGAGAUCAGUGGCUGGUAGAAAUCCUCCGCCUAUGCCUAGCGGGCGCCUGCCUUCUUUCUCGGGCAAUGGUGUUUGUCUUCAACAGACCAACCCUCACACGUCUGCGUCGGGGACUCAAGGGGCGGGUCCUCCCUCUCAUCCCCCCUUUGAUUGGAAUGCUAAUAACGAGCCUGGCGGCUCUGGUUUUUUCGAAACUCUGCUGGACCUACUUGGAUCAUGCGGCGCGUUAAGUAACCCCAAUCUUACGGUUCUCAUUAACAAGAUUCUAACUCUCAUCAAAAUGAUCUCGCCUUUCUUAAAUCAGGUGCUCAACCUCUUUAACUCUUCUAGCUCUUCCUCUCAGUAA